ACACCUUUCCUUAACAAUGGCGUCAAGGUUGUUAUCUCGGGCCCUGCGUUCUCUUGCCUCCAAAAACCAAGCUACUUCUCAUAUACCCAUCUCUGCUUCUUCUGCUUCCUCUCUGAUUCAACCAAAGCUUCACAAAAGGAACCUUCUUUUUCCCUCCUCACCUUGUCCCACCUCUCUGAGUCACCCCAGUUUCACUAGCAUUAGGCUCUUCAGCUCCCAACCCAGCCACAAGCUGAAAAACAACGUUUCAGACCAACCCAACCCCAAAGCUGUCACCCUCACCAGCAUCAUCCACGAGCACGCCGAGGCCGGCCGGACCAAGGACGCUCUCGAUGUCUAUAAGAAAUUCAUCGCCGCCGGAAUAUUCCCAGAAUAUGACACUUACAAUGCCCUGAUCACGGCACUCGCCGCAGACCCAAAAUUUGUUGGGGAUGCCAGGGAGUGUGUGCUGCACAUGAUGACCAACGGUAUCCGCAACCACCCAGAUGUCGGUGCUUACUUGGCCGUGUACGACGGGUUUGUGAAGCAGGGCAACGCCGACGAGGGGAAGCGGUUUCUGAAAGAGAUUAAAGCUAAGCGCUUGCGUGGAGUUGAUGUGGAGUCUGUGAGGGAGGCUCUCAAGGACAAAGCAGAUGAUGAGGUUCAAGGGGUCAUUGACAUUCUGAUGGAUGACAAGAUUGGCAAGAGCACCAGACCCCUAGAGUCUUUGUAUGAGACUUACAAAACGGUGGACGCCCAUUUGAAGAACAACACACAUGAAGAUUUGCAGAGCGACGAAGACUUCUUAGAGAAUGCAAAGAUAGCGUUCACGUUUAUUAUGGGACGUGAGUGCUAUAUGAUGUUUGAUGCUUUGAUACAAGACGGCCUCACCGAAGAGGCUAUGGAGAUCAGGGCCUCCAUCCUAGACACGGGUAAAGUACCUGGUGUGGUCUUCUUCUCCGGCUGGAUUAACUCCAUCGACCUUGUUCCAGGGAGAACAGAGGAGGCUAUUGAGGUGUUCCAGCGGAUGUUAUCCGUCGGAACCGCGCCCAGUGCAUAUACUUAUACUGUUCUAAUCAAGGUACUCACCAAAGACCCCAAAUUCAUUGGUGAUGCCAAGAAGUACUUGCUGGAAAUGGUGAACAAUGGAAUGCGGCCCAAUGCCAAGACUUACAAAUCUGUGGUUGAGGCGUUUGCUGGGGCGGACAGGAUAGAGGAAUGCUGGGAAUUAAUGAAGCAGAUGAAGGCCAAGGGCAUUGAGCUAGAUUAAUGCUCCUUUCAUAAUAGUUUAUGUCAUCACAAUAGUUUUAUGUUACAAACUACGUAUUAGGCAACACAAAAGACAAGCUAUUAGAGGCAUUUCCUUUAAAUUUCAAGUUUCUAAACUCUGUUCUAAUUGUGAUGAACUCCUGUAGCUUUAGUGUUGUGGUGAAAUGUCUCUGAUGUCUAGCUACUGUGUGUUGCGUACCAUAAAUAUGAUUUUCAGGUGGAGUUGUUCCAUGGGUUUUCUGCCCUG